AUGGCUCUCACCAACUCGACCCAAGCUCCUCCCUCACCACAGAACUCAGCGAAACGGCCGUCUUCCGAUAUAGAGUGCGCUUCUCCAGCGAAGAAACAGCGACAAUCAUAUCGCCGUCACCACCGUCUGCGAGAGUUCGCAGAGUUUGGUGGUCCCGGCGCAGAAAUCUUGAACGACAGCAAGUCGAUCGAUACACAGCUGAAUGCGUCGAUAGGAAGGGUAUUGGGUGAAGUUGGUUUCGAUGGGAUAGAGCCCGUCGUCUUAGACAGCUUUAGGAAUAAUGUUGAAGAGCGUACGAUUUACCGCCUUCUCUUCCAACUCAUUAUAUACGUCGAUGUUCGUUUUGUUGACCAAAAGAAAAUGAUUGCUUUAGACAUGCUUCACUUCCUGUCCUAUGUACGCCACUCGAUGACAUCCAGCCGGAGAGUGCAACCUAUCCCACAAGAUUUUGAACAUGCGCUCCGAUAUCACUCGAUACGCGUAGAUUCCCUCCGUCCGCACCUCAAAGCCUUCCCACACACCAUACAGUCCUCACCCUCAACUCCUACAACCAAGUCAUCCCUCCUCACCCCCCCACCCGAAGAUGACGACGACGAGCCAAUACCAGCCCGCAAUUUCGCCUUCCUAGGCCCUGAGCUAAAUGUCACAAACGACGAUUCUAAGAGGACCUCGUAUAUCCCCAAAAACUUCCCCAGAUUCCCGAGCAAACACACAUAUCAGGAAACGCCGGUAUAUGCGACCAAACGAGAAAUGAACCCUGAAAAGAUUCGAGAGCGCGCGACAGAAGAAGGGAGGCUGGGCGAGGAGGCACUGCGCAAGCUUACCCGUGCCGCGAGAGAUGGCCAGGCAAGCACGCGAGGGCAGCGAGAAAGGAGCUUAUGGGGCCGCAAAAAUGAGAGUAUGGACAGUAUGUUCGAGAAGACUCUCAAGGCGCUAAUGAAGUCGAGCUCCGCGGGGAGUGGUAAACAGGGCGACAUCGCCUCGACACUGGGUCUGGGGCCGAUUGUGAAUAGUAGCCGAGUCUACUGGCGGAAAAUGUCGACUCCCAGUGCCCGCUCUGAUUCGCAGCGGACAACAGAUUGGAUAAAGGGCGGAACCGCGGAAGUCGAAUAA